AAAUCCUAUCCAGACUUGAUAGCAGACUGCUUAGUCUCACGGUUUUAUCAUCCACAAUAACUAAAUAAUUUCGCGUCAACAAGCAACAAAAAUUUACACGUCAGAAACUAAUUCGGAUCAAAAUUAUAUCAAUUAUUUUACCAUUAUUCAAACACAGCUGAAAAAUGACACGUGGAAACCAACGCGACCUGGCACGCGCCAAGAACCAGAAGAAGGCGGCGGAUGCCAACAAGGGAAAGCGCACCGACAACCUAACCGUGGAGCAGCGCAAGGCUAGGGACGCCGAGUUGAUGAGAGAAAAGCAAAAGAAAAAAGAGGACGCCGCUGCAGCAAGCACAAGCAAAUAAUGAAUCCUUCGGAUGCUGGCAAUUCUUCGUGAAAGCCAACCAGCUGCCAGCAUAAAUUGGACAGUCGUGAAGAGGAACCUCGAUACGCCCCAGGACCUAGGAUAGUCUACCAAGUGGUUAAUAACUGUAAAUGAACAACACGAUUAUGGGAACUGUACACAUUUCGACGCCACAAUGCGCAUAGAUAUUAGCAGGCUGUAGAGCAAGCGACGUAGCAAUAGCAAUAGGCCACGAUGGCUCCACUCAGACGGGCUCAAAGGAUUUGAUUUGAUAGCGAUUCGGUAUUCGUUUUUCAUUUUGCCAUGCUGCUGAACGUUAAUAAGUGAAAUUAUUUCUUCAAUUACCUGACUAAAUUAUUUACUGUAAUGUAUAUAUAAAUUUUCAAAUAAAACAUAAUAUGCAGCCGUUUCUUUACACCGCAA